AUUUGGAUCCGAAGUUUUAUAUACAGACACAUAGGAGAGCCAGAGAACUGGAAGCGGAAGAAGAAGAAGAAGAUGGAGCAGAAAAAUUGGAACCUUCUCGAUGAAGCUUUAGGGCUUAACAACAACAAUGCGAAGCCAUGGCCUCUGUGUGGUCGCUUCGUGCUUGUGGAAGAUUGUGUUGACACAAGCGCCGCUUUCGUUCUUCACCAAAUCCUCAAACGCUCCUUCUCUUCUCACCCUUCUUCCGCCGUCGUCUUCCUCGCUUUCUCUCACCCUUUUUCCCACUAUGAUCGCGUCCUCAGAAAGCUUGGUUGCAACUUAGCUGCUCAAAGAGAUAAUGGAAGAUUGUUUUUCCUUGACAUGCUUAUGUUGCAGUGUCCAGAUGAAGGAAAAGCCAAUCAUGAUGGGCUUGCUUCUGUAUUUGAGCAAAUUGAAAGAGUGAUCACUGCAUUACAUCAAGACAAGAAAUUCAUCUCUAUCAUGAUAGAUGAUAUAUCUUUUCUUGAAGUUGCUGCUAAUGGCUCUUCCAAUGAUGUUUUAAACUUGGUGCAUUAUUGCCAUACGUUAACAUCUGAUUCAGAAUAUGGUUGUGCAUUUAUUGCACUUGACCAUAAGGACAUUUAUUUGAACGGAGACAGGACUGCUGUUAUGUUAGAGAUGGAGUUCCUUGCUGACAUUUUGGUCAAGGCUGAACCAUUGGCCACUGGUUUGGCAAAAGAUGUGCAUGGGCAGUUGAUGGUGUUAGAUAAGGAAACACAGCAUCGACAUGGAGUUUCAACCGUUAAGACUCACAAUUUUCACUUCAAGAUCAAGGAAAAUGGCAUUGAGUGCUUUUAUCCGGGCACAAAAAUUUAAUGUUGAUCAAUAAUGCUUGUACAAACUACUGUGUAAUCUUGAAAGAGUGAAUAAUUAAUCUUUUCUGUUAUUUUUAAUUCAUUAGGUAGAAAGUGAUUCUUAAAUGUGUAAACUUGAAUUGACUGAUAAAAAAAAAACUUGAAUUGGUCAUUGACAGUAAAGUGAGUCGUUGGGGUAAUUGAAAACUCCCCAUACAUUUGAGUGAUA